AUGGCCCGGGAAGCGCCUGGGACCGCCUCACCCGCCCUCUUUUCUUUCUCCCGCAGCCGCGUCUGCUCCAACCGGCACGGACUCAUCCGCAAGUACGGCCUCAACAUGUGUCGCCAGUGCUUCCGCCAGUACGCCAAGGACAUCGGCUUCAUUAAGUUGGAUUAAAAUGCCUGUCUACAGAAGUGGUUUGAGGCAACUGGCAAGCUGGAAUAUAUGGCUGGAUGAACUGUUCUUGCUAUCCUUACCAUCAUUGAGAGUUGUCCACUCAGACUCUCAAAUAUUGUAGUUUCUGUUUGUUAAUGCUGAAGUGUUAAUUAUGUGACAGUCAUAUUUAACACAGCUUGAUAUCUGAAGCUUUUUUGGUUUCCUUUGAUUCUUUAAUAAAAAACAGUCCUCAAAUGUAUUUGAGAAGAAACCAG